AUGCCAACGGUGAAGGAGUCAUCAGCUUGUGCUGAAGAUCGUCAAAGACGGAAAUUAGAUUUUGAAUGGAGUUUGAAACCGAUGACGACGCUUAUGCGUUGCGUUGGUAUUCCGCUUGAUUUCCGUGAUUAUCGGCCGUUAAUCGGUGACCGUCGUUCUUGGUUUGUCACCGGUUUUGCACUUCUCUUGUUCUUCAUCGAUGCAGAAUGUCAAUUCAGUUUGACAGCUACGAUCAUCUAUGACGCAAUCUACCCCCAAUCUUCAAAUAAUUCUUCUCGCUCUGCGACGUUUAAAUGGAAUAACUCCAUCAAUUCCAUAAACUACAUUAUUCUAAUUUUGGGAUCGCACGCCAUACUGCUCGCCGUUUCGCAAAUUGAUUGGCCUCACCUUGUGCGGGUUCUUCAUCGCAUAGAACAAAUGCGUUUUUAUAACGAACGACAUUUCAAAAAAUUCAGGAUCCCUUCUUUUGUAGGGUUGGCUGCAUCCGUCACGGAAUUGAUUAGCUCCGUCACCGUCAUUUGGUUCACGUGGGUCGAUAGCCCAUUUCUAUAUCAAUUGAUGACUGUAGGAAUAUUCCUAUUUCUUGGUUUGGUUCUCAUCGCUUUCUAUCAUGUUUGCAUACUUUGUUGGAUCGCAUAUCUGAUGAUGAAUGCUCUUGGACAAGAUAUAAAGGCUAGUGGUAAAGACAUCAAGCAGUGCUCCAGUCAGUUGAAACUGUGGAAGGCAACAUACUACUUGACAGGCGAAUUCGUUCAUUACAUCAACUGCUGCUUCGGUCCAUUUCUAUUCUUGCUGACGACCAGUUACUUUGUCAGGAUGACUAACAAUUCUUUUUAUAUCUUCUCCAUUUUAACAUAUUCGCACGACAAGGGGCACGAAGCUAAAGUUUACACGUUCAUUAUUUUCCUCAUCAAAGAUUGGAUUUCUUUCGUUGCUCUUACGUACAUACCAUCUUUAGUCCGGAAGGAGGCAAUGAACAUAACCAGAAAGCUACAGAAUUUGCAAUUUGAAGACAAUGCUCUUAAGCGCCAAGCGGAAUUGUUAAGGAUGGAAGUCUCACUCUCACUGCCUCAAAUCACAGCUGCUGGUUUCUUCGAUAUCGACUGCAAACUCAUACCAACGAUGGUGGGGACAACGUUGACUUACCUCAUCAUCCUCUACCAGUUCGAUUCCAAUGAAAAAUAAAACCUUGAUUCAACGACUUAAAUUGUAUUGCCAAUGCCCAUUUACUUCUAGACAGUGUGCAUUAUAUAUUUUUUGGUUUACGCAGCAUUCGUUCACUGUCGUGCUUAAUCACGUUUGCAUUGAUCGCACAUUCAGAAUGAUUAAGGUGCAGGGGCUCCUUCGGCCGUCUUCUGAUGUAUCCCUUUUAAUCGGCAAUCGAUUGGCGACACACUAAGGUUGUGGAUGUUCGAUGUGGGUGAUAGAAACCAGAUACUGCAGAAACCCUACGCUUCCUAAAGUCAUACGAUGCACAUUGCCCCCCAGAAACGUCUUAUUUGUGUGGCUGACAUUUCAUUAUAACUCAACGUGCGAGUAAAUAACAAGCAUCAAUUUAUAUGUGGUGUAGUAUACAGUACAUAAAAACAUUACAGAAAAUCUGACAUGUAAGACAGAUUCAAAUAUCAAUAAUGCAGCAAAGCGGUUCAUAUAUUAGAAUACACAAUCGUACC